AACACUGAGCUUCAAUUAGGUGAUGAUAAUUUGGAAGAUAUUGAGGUGCACAAGGAAAUUGAUAAUAUUGACUCAGGAGUGCCUACUAUCGGGAUGAAGUUCAAGGCACUUGAAGAUGUGUACGCUUUUUACAAUGAGUAUGCGUCUCGUGUUGCAUUUCCUAAAAAAAAAAACUCGAGAAAAGGAAAUGAUGGAGAGUUCAUAAGUGUGACAUACACGUGCUGUAGAGAGGGCAACCGAGCUAGCACAUCGAGCAAUCCUCUGAAGCCCCAUCCAACCAUGCAAUUUGACUGUAAAGCUAGAAUAUGCACUUGCUCAGAUGUUACAGGAGCAUGGCGAAUCAACAAAGUGAUCCUUGAGCAUAAUCACCCUACUAGUCAUUCGAAAUCUCGAAUAUAUAGAUGCAAUCGCAAAUUGAGUUCACAAGUGAAGCGUCAACUUAAGGUGAAUGAUAUUGCUGGAAUUCCGUUACAAAAAACAUUUAACUCAACUGUUGUAGAAGCAUACGGUUAUGAGAAUAUGUCAUUUAUUGAGAAAGAGAAACAAUUUCAAUCAGCAUACACGAUAACAAAGUUUAAGGAGGUGCAGAAUGAACUAACUAAGAAGAUGUACCUGGAGCUUGGGACGUAUGUUGUUCAAGAAGAUACUAGAAUAUGCGGAAGAAUAAAUAGAAGGUUAUAUACCAUUGUGUUUGCAAGGGAUGAUUAUGAUAUAUCAUGUACAUGUCACUUGUUUGAAUUUAAAGGCAUUGUUUGUAGGCAUGCUCUAAUGAUUUUGACACGGCUCGAUAUCGCUAAAUUGCCCGAUAAGUACAUAUUACGGCGAUGGAGAAAAGAUGUCAGUAGAUUGUAUAUGAGAGUUAAAAUAAAUUAUGUCGGUUGGAUUGCUGUAAUAGCCGCUGAAGAUGAAAGACAUACGUCUGAAAUAAAUGACUGGAUUGCAAGUAAAUACCGUUAUCUAUCCACAACAAAAAAACGGCCAAAUUAUGGAAGUAACCUCCAUCCGCAACCUGAUGUUAGAACUGAAGCAGAUAUUUGUUUUGAAAGUCAGGUUUUAGAUCCAAAAUUCAAAACAAGAAAAGUAGCAUUAUCCAAA